CCAGAUCCACUGAAGUAGUACCCACUAGAGGCAAGUGCCUUUUAUCAGGCUCUCACAACCAACUACUCUCCUGCAAUGCCUUCAGCUCCUAACACCAACAUGAGGUUCAAGUUUUCAGCCGUGGCUCUUCUUCUGGAAGUGAUCAUCAUUGUUUUGUUUGGGAUAUUUGUGGAAUAUCGAGAAGAUAAUAACCCUGAAAUUUUAUACCCAAUCUUUCAGGAUGUCCAUGUGAUGAUAUUUAUUGGGUUUGGUUUCCUGAUGACCUUUCUGAAGAAAUAUGGAUUCAGCAGUGUUGGUAUCAGCAUGCUCCUUGCUGCCUUUGGUCUCCAGUGGGGAACCCUGAUGCAAGGAUUUUGGCACAUGCGAGAAGGGAAAAUUCGUGUUGACAGCAACAGCAUGAUAAAUUCAGACUUCAGUACAGCAACAGCUCUGAUUUCAUUUGGAGCAGUCCUGGGGAAAACAAGUCCUCUUCAGAUGCUGAUAUUGACAAUUCUGGAGAUUACAAUCUUUGCAUGCAACGAACACCUAGUUACAGAAAUAUUUCAGGCUACAGAUGUUGGAGCCUCAAUGACCAUCCAUGCUUUUGGAGCUUAUUUUGGUUUAGCCGUAACCCUGGUUUUGUGUCGUCCUGGUUUGAAAAAAAAUCAUGAAAAUGAAGGAUCUACCUAUCAGUCGGACAUAUCUGCCAUGAUUGGUACCUUGUUCCUUUGGCUUUUUUGGCCCAGUUUUAACUCUGCCACUGCAUCUGAAAACAUUUUCUAUAUUAAAGCAAUUGUCAACACCUACUAUUCCUUGGCCGCGUGUACUGUUGUAACAUUCGCCCUCUCCAGCCUGCUGGAUCAAAGAGGAAAAUUCAGUAUGGUUCUCAUCCAAAAUGCCACCCUGGCAGGAGGAGUAGCAGUGGGUACCUGUGCUGACUUGUCAAUCAACCCUUUUGUUGCCAUGUGCAUUGGGAGCAUUGCUGGAAUCAUCUCUGUGCUUGGGUUCCACUUCCUGACUCCUCUGUUGGCAUCCAAGUUGAACAUUCAUGACACUUGUGGAGUUCAUAAUUUACAUGGGUUACCUGGAAUACUGGGAGGUAUUGCUGGCAUCGUAGUAACUGCAAUAAAUGAGGAAACUAGGCGAAAUAUCCACUUAACUCCUGGCAUGCAGGCUGCUGCCCUGGGUAGCACAAUUGGAAUUGCACUAGUGGGUGGAGCAUUGACAGGUGGAAUUCUAAAGCUGCCUUUCUUAGGACAAGUGUCUGACCAGAACUGCUUUGAUGACUCUGUUUUCUGGGAGGUUCCAGAAGAGAAGAAACCACAUGAAAUUCAAUCCAACAACUAUGAUGAGCACAGCAGAUUUGAAGCCACCAUGUAGAAAAAGUAUUAUCUGUAAUAUUUGCCUUAAUGAUGCUCUUUCAAGUUUCUAAUGCUAAAAACCAACUUACGAGUAUUGUCCUAACCACACUAGGUUUUCAACAAGGAGCUGUAGGUAGCUAUAAUUUUUAAAUAUAAAACAAGCUUGAUUGCAGAAUACAUAGUUAUUAUACCAAAGUCAGGUGAAUUAAUGAGAUCUUUCCAAUAUAUUUGUUCAUCAGAAAAACCCAUCACAAACUGCUCUACAAAAUUACCUAUAUUUUACCUUUUGUCACCACUGAAUCAAUAUAACCAUCAAAACAACUUUUGUGUUUCAAGCCUACCACAGGAUACCAUACGUAACUGCAGUAUUUCUGAGUUACAGCCACAUCUGUGACUGUGUAGGUACUGCAUAGGGGCAAUCAAGAAGAAACAGAUUGAUAUUGCUUAUUUGGAAUCCAACAAGCUUUUCACCAGAGCAUCCCGGAUUAAUCUUUUCAGAAAGUGCGUUGUCCUGGUUUUGAAUGGGGGAGAAAAUGCUCUGUAUUUCAAAGAUUGGUUAUGACAAGAACAGAAAGGUUGAAAUAAUGUCCAUGUCAAAGCACAGAAGGUAGUGAUUACUAAGGUAUACUAAGUAGCAAUAUUAUUAUCAAAAUUCUUUGUUAUUAUGUUUAUUGAAAGAGAGAAGAAAGUGAAAUGGUGAAAAAAAUUGAAUCUUGGUGUAUAUUUAUUUAGAUUCUUUCAAGACACAAUAGGGGAAUUAAGCAGUGCUAC